AUGAUGCUUUCAUUGCCGUUAUGGGAAUGACUGGUUCGGGGAAAAGCACGUUCAUCCGACACUUCUGCGAUACAGCCACAGUGGGAGAUGGUCUAAAAUCGGUGACUGCCAUGGUAGAGGCGCACCCGGCAUCUAACAAAAUUGACGGCCGUCGAGUUAUCUUCGUCGACACUCCUGGAUUUGACGACACCACUCGACCUGACUCUGCCAUCCUGCGCGAGAUAGCGAACUGGCUCAACAAGGCACGCCAGGGUGGGAUUAAGCUAACAGGCAUAGUAUACUUACACGCGAUCAAUAACACGCGUGUAACAGGAACUGUCAAGAACAACCUCCGCAUGUUCAAAAAAAUGUGCGGUGAUGAUUCCAUGUCUUCGGUUGCUCUUGCGACAACACACUGGGGAAGUGGAGAGGCAGACAGAGAAAAGCAGCACGCUCGCCACAAGGAGCUUCUUGAGGACGAGGUAUUCUGGAAGCCUAUGAUCCUUCACGGGGCAACCGACUUCAUCCAUGACAGUGAAGAGCGGUCGGCGCUGAGAAUCGUGCGCCACCUUUUGGAAAAUCGGCCCCGGGACGGCAUCGACUUAACAAUCCAGAAAGAGAUGGAGGAGGGCAUAACGCUUGAUAAGACUGCGGCCGGCAUCGCAUUAGAAGAGAAGUUGGAAAAUAAAAAGGAGAUCUAUGAAUUCGAGAUCAAUGACCUUCAGAGGGAAAUUGCAGACGUCAAGCGGGAUAAUAGAUUGACCCACCAAAAGAGGGAAACAGAAGUCCGCAUUCUCAAGGAGGAGGUGGAGAAAUGGAAGAACAAAAUCAAGAGCGUGGAAGAUGACUGGGAGCUAAUGAAAGUCGAUCGUGAUCAACUCCAGCUGGAGCGCUCGAAGGAGUUGCAAGAAGAGGCCCAACGACACGAUGAGAUGGUGGCCCAGUUACAGGCGGAAAAGGACCAAAAUGAGCAUCUCAGGGACGAGAAUGAGAAGAAGAAGAAGCAGCUGAAGCUGAUCAAGGCAAGAAUCAGACAGGCGCAGGGAUGUGCGCUCAUGUAA